ACCAAACCAAGCCCCUCUUCACCCUCCCACAUCCACUGGUAAAUCCAUAGGGAUCUUAGUUCCAUCUGAUUGGUUGGGGAUGAGGCAACAAGGGGCGAGAACAAUGUCAUCAUUUCUCUUUAAAAAGAGUGCUGCUAUGUCGAGGUGAAAGCAUUUCGGGAAGAGAACGAUCAAUAGAAGGGGGAACUUAAAAAAUCAAAGUAUCAGAUGUGGGUGAUAUUUUAAGCCUGAAUUUGAUUUCAGCUUCAUCUGUUCAUCCAAAGUGCCUUUUACACGUUUAUCGCAAAGAUGCCACGUGGAUUUUUGGUCAAAAGAAACAAGAAGACCAACCCUGUGUCUUACAGGAUUCGUUCUGACGAAGAAGAGCAGGAUCAAACAGCUUUACAGAACCAGAAAGAUGCUUUUCCAUUGCCGUCUCUCGCCUCCUGCCCGGAUCGCGCACCAGCAUCAUCACCGUUCUGCGGAGGAGUGGCCGCAGCCCCGGAGCAGGAUUCUAAACCUGUUCAAUUUGGGAACCCAGAGGCGGUGUACCAAGCGCUCUACAGCCCCACCCGGCCCGUCAGUAAGGAACACGAGCGCUCACAUUUUGAGACACGUCUCAAUCUCGGUUCCCCGAUAUCAGCGGAAUCUUUUCCCACGCCCGCAGCGCUUACCGCUUUGGAUCAUCUGUUUGCCCCAGUGGACUUAAAAAUCGGCACCAGUAACAGCAAUCGCACCGGGACCACGAACACAGUCCACACUGCUGUUACGGGAAACGGCACCAAACGGCCUUCAAGUGACAUCGAACGCAAAAGCAAGCCCCCAUCCAAAAAACCCAAAGCCAUCAGGAGGCUGCAUUUCGAGGACGAUGUCACCACAUCUCCCGUUCUUGGUCUCAAAAUUAAGGAAGCGCCGGUCGACCAAAAACCCAGACAACAGUCAGCGGGAGACAAAGCCCUCGGCGAGUUUGUCUGUCAACUGUGCAGAGAAGCAUAUGCUGACCCCUUCGCACUGGCCCAGCACAAGUGUUCCAGAAUAGUGAGAGUUGAAUAUAGAUGCCCUGAAUGUGAUAAAGUAUUCAGCUGCCCGGCAAAUCUAGCGUCUCACAGGCGCUGGCACAAGCCGAAGCCACAGGGUGGUACAUCUGGUACAGCGAGUGUCAAAUCAGAGAGUGAUAAAUUGUCUGCCACUGAAAAGGCAGUGUCCGAGGAAGUGAAGGGCGCUAGCGACAGGGACACACCCAGCCCAAGCCUGUCUGAGUCUGGCUCAGAGGACGGACUUUAUGAUUGUGAUCACUGUGGCAAAAAGUUUAAACGCCAAGCAUACCUGCGUAAGCACGUUGUAUCUCAACAUGCCUCACCAAACGGGCCCACCAGCAGCGAGGAACACGACCCGUACCCAUCACCCCAAAUCGACGGGAAGCCGUGUGACCAAACUCAGGGCCAUGCGCCAUUGAAUUUAAGUUCCUCCGGUUGCUACAUGUGCCCGGUCUGCGGAGAGAACUUUCCCAACCGAGUGAACCAGGAGCGCCACAUCCGUCUCCUCCACUCCUCACAGGUGUAUCCGUGCAAAUAUUGCCCGGCAGUCUUUUACAGUUCCCCGGGACUUACACGACACAUCAACAAAUGUCAUCCGUCUGAAAACAGACAAGUUAUCCUUCUCCAAAUGCCUGUGCGCCCUGCCUGCUGAAGACGAUACCGUGCCUUGAGACAGAGCGUCACAGGCGCAGGGGAAGACCCAGUCACCAGAGGUGACUCCCAGCCGUCCACAGCAUCGAAUGGGGGAAUGUAAAAUCCUGUUUGGAUCUCGAAUUCUAUAUUUUCAGAUUCAUCUUAGUUUACCUACAGAAAGUAAAGCUAGACUGUUAAUUUAUUUUUCUAGGAUCUCUGCACAAGUGCUAUUUAGCUUCUAGACCUAAGACCGGAAAAUCCUAGCUGUACUGUCGUCAUGAAUUGCCUUCUAAUUCACAGGCUGAAAAUGUAUCUCUCACUUAAUUAGCUUUAAUAUAGCUUGUGAAUCUGUGGACUUUGUCUAGCUUUGUCUCUAAAACAUAAAACAAGGUUUUCCAUAGUGUAGCCAACAAUGCCUGGGAGUAGAGCCCCUGUAGACUUCUGCUGUAAAACUGCCUUAAUUGAAAUGUUGAAUAAUGAUUGUUUUAAUGAAAUAUUAUUGGUCAAAUGUUGUGUUAUUAUUUUUACAUCAUGUACCAAUAUAUUUAAAUUCUUAUGAUUAUUUCUAUUUAUUUAAUUUGCUUAUUUAUUGAAACUAUAAAUUAUUGUUUCGUGUGACUGUUUUGUGGCUUAUUCUUGUAUUUUUAUUUUCAAACCAUAGCCAAAUUGUCAGUUUGUCUUAUUUAUAUUGAACUUACACAGAUUCUGCGGAUGGUGUUAAAAAAAGUGAAGUAGCAAUCAAUGAACUUGAGCUUGAGAAAAACUGUCUCUUCAUACAUAAAUGCAAUCAUUCUUUAUGCUCUGAUUGUUUUGUAACUAUUAGCUC